AGGCGACGGGGUGCGAGAUGCGCAGCGAGGUCUAUUCUUUUUCCUCUUCUCGUCCCUGCUCCUCCGAUGGUAGCUUCUCUAUCAGAGACCGGUUGGGCAGAGUUCGGCGCCUCGCAUACGACGAAACGCGGGCAUAACAGUGCCAACGUGCUUACGAAACACACCGAGUGUGGCUCCGGUGGGUUUACCUGCUGAAAGUGAUCUUUCUAUCUUUCCUGUGUUACUUUUUGACGAUUUUCCGAACGGCUCAAAGGCUUUUUGAAAGUAGCCUAUAACAGUCAGUUUUACAAUGUUGCCACGUGCUGGAGGAUUCCUGCUAGCACCGCUGCUCCUGUUCCUGAUAGCAUGCAUCGGUGCAUCGUCAGCACAGAAGCUGAACACAGAAUGCCAAACGCCGGACGGAAAGCGAGGCACCUGCGUGAUGUUGCGAUCGUGUCAAUCGAUCCGCCAGUUGGUGCUGAAAAAGGAUAAAACGCCUGCGGACAGGGAUUACCUCAUGAAGUCACAGUGUGGAAUAGAAAACCGAAGCGUGCUUGCCUGCUGCCCGCUGCCCUCUAGGAUAUCAGGUAGAUUUGGUGAGAGAGUUGACCUACCGUCUACUGCCGAUUGUGGAGGGCGCCUAGAUGACCGCAUCUUCGGCGGCGAAGUAGCCCCACUCGGAUCCUAUCCGUGGUUAGCCAGAAUUCAGUACUAUAAAGGAAACAACCGCUAUGGCUUUCACUGCGGAGGAGUACUCAUUCAUAAACAGUUCGUCCUUACGGCGGCCCACUGUAUCGAAGGCGUACCAUCCAGCUGGAUUGUCUACCAAGUGCGGCUCGGGGAGCACGAUACAACUAAAGAUGAGGAUUGCGAUUUGCUAGAGGACGGCGAACAGCUGUGUGCUGAUCCAGUGCGUGACGUACUGGUGCUUGAAUACCUAGUGCACCCGGAUUACUACAAAGAGAACGGGGCAGACUACAACGAUAUCGCCGUGCUGAAGCUAUCGGAGUCGGUCGAAAGCACCGAGUUCAUUAGCCCGAUUUGCGUUCCGACCUCGGCAAACACUUUGCCGAGGAAUCUUACCGACAUUUCUAUGGUCGUCGCUGGUUGGGGACAAACGCAGACCAGAUCGUCUAGUACAAAGUUAAUGCACCUGAAUGUACCAGUAUGGGAUAACAGCCGCUGCAGCGAGGUGUUUCAAACGGUGUCCCUGGACAUUGUUCCCACGCAGGUGUGCGCCGGCGGUGAGAAAGGAAAAGAUUCCUGCCGGGGUGACUCCGGUGGUCCACUGAUGUAUCGCCGCAACAUAGGUACAUCCAAUUGGUACUUGGUCGGUUUGGUGAGCUUCGGUCUGGAACGGUGUGGUUCCGACAACGUGCCGGGAGUGUACACGCGCGUAAGCGAGUACAUGAAUUGGGUGCAGGAUACUUUGGAAGGUGAAUUGGGUUAUUGCACAACGGGACAGGCCAAAACCGAAAGAAAGAACGGGAAAGAUAGACUGGAAGGUUGGCGUGAAAGAGAAAGUCACUUGCGCCGGAGGAUCUCCUGUCCCGUGAACGUCCACACCACCGUCAAGAUGACGGCGACGAGUAUGAGAACGCGGCCCUGUCGGAUGCUGGUAAUUGCCGUCAUCAUCGUCAUGUGCGUGCCGUACCACACCGAGGCGCAGUAUCUCUCCCAAUGCCGUACGCCAGAACAGAGCGCCGGUUCCUGCGUGUUGGUAACGCAGUGCACUGUCGUGCGAAACCUGCUCAAUAAGCCGCUGCUCACCGCGAACGAUAUCCAGUAUCUCGAAAACAGCCGCUGCGGGGUACUGGACCGCAAAGUCCUUGUGUGCUGCGCCAAACCGGACGUUCCACCCAAUACCCCAGCUCCAACCGCUCCACCGAACCGUGUGCCAACCACAAAUGCGAUACCGGUUGAUAACCGGCUGUCGUUGGAGCAGCGUCAGCAGCUGCUACCGAGCGAAUGCGGUUUACACCUGUCCGAUCGCAUCGUCGGUGGUGAACGAGCUAAGCUCGAAGAAUAUCCCUGGAUGGCGUUGAUUCAACAUCGUCGCAAGAAUGGAGAUCUUAAAUUCCACUGCGGAGGUGCAUUGAUCAGCACCCGCUACGUGCUGACGGCGGCGCACUGCAUCCGAAACAUUCCUUCGUCGUGGACGCUCACGGCUGUCCGGUUGGGCGAAUGGGAUCUCGCGUCGGACACCGACUGCAUGACACUCCUGGACGAAACGAUCUGCGCCGAUCCGGUGCAGGAUAUUGCGCUCGAUAAAAUCAUCGUCCAUCCCGACUACCUUACCACCGGCACGCAAGUGCGGAACGACAUCGCCCAGAUACGGCUGGCACAGGAGGCGGUGGUGAACGAUUACGUGUUCCCGAUCUGCUUGCCGCUUGACACGGCGUCCCGCACGGUUUCCUACGAUGGGAAGAGGCUCGUCGUGGCCGGAUGGGGACAGACGGAGGAAGCCCUCCAGAGCCAGUACAAACUGUUCGUCGGUGUAAACGGUGUGCCCGAACGAACCUGCCAGCAGCAGUACCCGCAGGCCAACAUUGACCAAACGCAGCUGUGCGCGGGUGGAGAGUCGGGUAAGGAUUCCUGCCGUGGAGACUCCGGCGGUCCACUGAUGUUCCCCGGAAAGCGCGGCUACCAGGACGUCAUGGUGCUGGCCGGGCUGGUGAGCUUCGGCAAAAAGUGUGGCAUCCAGGGCGUUCCGGGGGUGUACACGCGGGUAGGUCAGUACGUUGAUUGGGUCGUGGGCAACCUGGAGCCAUAGUGGCGCCAGUGAAAACCAGUUGACGAGGUUUCUGCCGAAGAAGUUGUAUCCCGAUCGCACUGAACGUACUGAAGUUGAGAGACCUAGGCGAGGACCAUUAAAAUUAUUUGCGAACCCUCUGCGUAUGCUUACUGGUAAAGGUUAUUUUGAUACUCUUUUGCAGAAUAUCGAGUUAGAAAAGCAUCUCAGGGAAACGAUAGGUUAUACAUAAUGAGACGAAAGGCUCUUCUCAAAACAAUCGCAUGGUUAAUAAGAUAGAUCACAUAAGCUGCUCUAGAGAACUUUGCUUUUGAGUUGUAAAUUAGCCACAUUUUUAUUUAAAAUCAUAAAUUCUGAUAAACGCUGAAAAUAGAUCGUUUUCAAGAAAACGAA